CACUGAUCAGAGUCAGAGAUUGAGGGUUUAAGCGGUUGUGAGAGAGAGAGAGAGAGAGAGAGAGAGGGAGAGAGAGAGAUGGGGAAUCCAAAGCAGAAAUGGACAUCGGAGGAAGAAGAAGCGCUUCGUGCAGGUGUCGCAAAGCAUGGCACUGGUAAGUGGAAGAACAUCCAGAAAGAUCCUGAAUUCAACCACUUCCUCUACUCUCGCUCCAACAUUGAUCUCAAGGACAAAUGGCGAAAUAUGAGUGUUAGUGCCAACAGCCAAGGUUCUAGGGAAAAAUCACGGACAACAAAAGCAAAGGCCAACCCAGAUGCGCCUGCUACUCCAUUGCCCAAUGCACCGACUUCUACUUCCAUCACUCCUGCUGCAAAUGGUGCAUCAGCAGAUGCAGUCAUGGAUGAUUCUUCAAAAUGCUUAUUGGACGGGAAAACUGCUUCAAAGUACAAUGCCAUGAUUUAUGAAGCACUUUCAACACUGAAGGACCCAAAUGGAUCUGAUACUAGUGCAAUAGUCAGUUUUAUUGAGCAAAGACAUGAGGUGCCCCAGAACUUUAGGAGGUUGUUAAGUUCUAGAUUAAGAAGGCUUGUUGCACAAGACAAACUUGAAAAGGUCCAAAACUGCUACAAGAUAAAGAGGGAUGUCUUGGUUGUGGCAAAAACACCGACCCCAAAACCGAAGGACACCAUCCGGCCAAGGCAGUCCCAAACAACUGGUUAUCUUGGAGACACAGUAGAAGAAGCGGCAGUGGGGGCCGCUUACAAAGUCGCAGAAGCGGAAAACAAAUCUUUUGUAGCCGCUGAAGCCGUUAAGGAGGCAGAAAGGGUUUCAAGAAUGGCUGAAGACACAGAUUCACUGCUCCAGUUGGCGAAAGAGAUCUUUGAGAAAUGUUCGCGUGGUGAAAUUGUGUUGAUGGCAUGAAGAAAGUUGUCUUAAAUGGAAAAGACCCUUUGCCGGGAAUUUGUAAAUUGUCAAGUUUUUUGUCUUCUUUUUCUUCCUGUAUUUUCGUCAGGUGUGUUCAAAAUAACUAGACUGGUUAUGUGAUAAUAAUCAAUUUAUCCAUAAGUUUUUUAAUGCAUCUGUGUUUUUUCUUUC